GGUUUGGAUUUUGGAUUUGCUCAAUGUCGAGGAUUUUGGUAACAUUAUUUGCCCGAUAAAUUAACGAUCUAUGUAAUUGUGUCCGGGAAGUUGUCGAAGUUUAGUGUCUACGAAAAUUAAUAAAAGCAGGUUUAUAUAGAGUUGUUUGCCACGCUGUCGAGUCUAACCCACAACUGUUUGCAAACUGUCCAAACAAGAAACAAUAAUCAAUAACCACCAUAGGAUGGUGCCGGUUGUGUACGUUAUACAUGAUAAGACCUCUGGUCAGUCCUCUUUACUGUCUGAGUACAUCGAUGGUAGAAUAAUUAAGUAUUAUUGCUGACUUGAUAGCCGGACUAGGGAAAGGAUUCAGUUUUCAGUAUUCAGCGUUACCGAGCGGAUGUACGUACACAUAUCAAAGACGUCUACCUGGCUGUCAAACUCUCUGAAUAGACAUUGAUUGUGGAUUGUGGGGUAUAUAAUACCGCUGUAUACAUAGUGACGUUGUCUCUUCAUAUUCUUACGCUGAGAAAAAAGCUUUUAUAGUGUGUCUGGAUUUACCUUUUACAAGGAAUAUAUCGACAUGUAUUGAACCGUAUUUUAUACCUGGGACAUAUAACGUAAAUAAACCAAGUCGUGCUGUUGGACAGAUCUUAAUUUCUGUCCAACAUGGGUUGUUUUGCGACAUGUGGGAAGAUCCUGCUUGUAAUAGUGAACCUUUUGUUCUUGGUGAUAGGUCUGGUGUUUUUCAUCCUCGGAUUUUUCUGCAAAUUCGGGAAUGACACCCUAAAAGGGUACUACGAGGGCGCCCUGGCGAGCCUCUCUACCAGUCUUUCCGACUCAGGAUUCGGAACCGUCGACCUAUCCUCUUUUGAUAUUACAGAAGUGAUUGGGACUCUUGGUAUAGCGUUUAUUGCGAUUGGGACAAUAUUACUCGUGAUUACAGUGUUCGGGUUUAUUGGAGCUUGUUGUAAGAUACGGUGCAUGCUGAUUGGCUACUGCAUCCUCGUUGGAUUGAUCGUAGUGGGUCAAAUAGUAUUCUUCGGAAUUCUUUUCGGGAACAAAACACUGAUCACGGAUCAGAUAAAGACACCAUUGAAGUCCUCCAUUCAGUCCGACUUCCAGGGACUUAAUGGCACAAACGUGGUAUCGUUAGCUUGGAACUUCGUGCACAUCCAGGUGAAAUGCUGUGGUGUCGACAGCUACGAGGAUUUUACAGGAGCGACACUAUGGCCCACUAACUAUCCGUCAUACUUCCUGAAGACUCCGCUGUCAUGCUGUAUGACACUGCCCUCGACCACUGACUUCAGUUGUGCAGCAUCGCCGACGACAUCAAAUAACUACAAAGAUACGGGCUGUUUUGACAGUAUCUGGGACUUGGCACUUGGAAACGUUGGCCUCAUGGCGGGCAUAUUUGCAGGCAUGGGACUUUUUCAGAUCAUGCUUAUUGUUUUUGGUAUCUGCGUCAUAAUGGACGGGAAACAAAAUCGAGUUGGCAGUUCUACGUCACGUAAUCAACAUAACCGCAAAAGGAACCGAUGGGAUGAUUAGUGAAGUCUCUACAGACCUGGGAAACUAAACUGUCUUUGGUUUUUUAUUGUUUUUUUGAAAAUAUUAUUAGAAUUUCACAUUCACAAAUAUUAAAACUAAGUUGCUGAAGACAAUGAAGGUAUUUUCAACGGAUCAAUUGAUAACUGCUUUUUAGAUCGAUUCAUUAUAUCUGAAUUAAAGAGACCUUUGAACUAAGAAAAAUAUUUUCGUAAUUAAGUAGUUGCGUGUUGUGCCGGUUUACACAUAUAAAUUGGACUCGUUACCAGCGGAAGUUUAUCAAGAGUAACAGAGCAAAACUAAAUUUCGUUUGGAUGACAUUAUCUAAAAAUACAUUGGCGAUAUCUAUUUUUAAAUGCUUUGUUUAUCUCUAGCAAAUCUCUUCCAUGUGACCUUUCACCUCAUGCUUUCCAAAUUUUAUUAAAAUGCGCUUUGUUCAUAGCCGUGUACAAAAGGUAAGGCAAUUGCAAGCAUUUUUCACAUGACAAUUUAUUACAUUUAUAAAGUUCAUUGUAUUCCAAAGAAAGUCGGUGUAUAUUAAAAUAUCUUCAUAUAGAAUAAGAACAAUUAGAGUGAAUUUAACGAGAUGAAAAGAAUUUGAUAUAAUUUUGAAAGUCAUAAAAACAACAUUAGUUUGGAUUGUAUAAUAAUCAUGUUCGAGGUAAAUUGUACCACAAAUAUUAACAUUGUAACUCUAGCGAUGUUACGUAAUAUCCGACCGGAUACGUAAUAUCCGACCAGAUACGUAAUAUCCGACCGGAUACGUAAUAUCCAACCAGAUACGUAAUAUCCGACCGGAUACGUAAUAUCCGACCAGAUACUUUAUAUCCCACCGGAUACGUAAUAUCCGACCAGAUACGUAAUAUCCGACCGGAUACGUAAUAUCCGACCAGAUACGUAAUAUCCGACCAGAUACGUAAUAUCCGACCAGAUACGUAAUAUCCGACCAGAUACGUAAUAUCCGACCAGAUACGUAAUAUCCGACCAGAUACGUAAUAUCCGACCAGAUACGUAAUAUCCGACCAGAUACGUAAUAUCCGACCAGAUACGUAAUAUCCGACCAGAUACGUAAUAUCCGACCAGAUACGUAAUAUCCGACCAGAUACGUAAUAUCCGACCAGAUACGUAAUAUCCGACCAGAUACGUAAUAUCCGACCGGAUACGUAAUAUCCGACCAGAUACGUAAUAUCCGACCAGAUACGUAAUAUCCGACCAGAUACGUAAUAUCCGACCAGAUACGUAAUAUCCGACCAGAUACGUAAUAUCCGACCAGAUACGUAAUAUCCGACCAGAUACGUAAUAUCCGACCAGAUACGUAAUAUCCGACCAGAUACGUAAUAUCCGACCAGAUACGUAAUAUCCGACCAGAUACGUAAUAUCCGACCAGAAACGUAAUAUCCGACCAGAUACGUAAUAUCCGACCAGAAACGUUAUAGCCGACUUUAAGAGUUUGUAUACUGUUACAAAGCAUUGGCUUAAAAUACACGUGAAUUGUUUGUGUAUUGUUACUGUUAGUAUUUGUUUUAAAUGUAAAUCAUAAUAGUUUCGCCAUCUAGAUUUCUCUGUGUUGAAUUCUACCUCCUAUCAGUGGAAUCGUAAUUAUUCAGACUGCUAGUGAUUACUGUCAGACAAACACACAGCUUUGGUCAUAGAUAAUCAGGUACAGUUACCGGUAUUCUAAUUCUAGUGCUUUCCGUGAUUUCAAUAUUAAGCUAAAUUAUGAUUAUGAUUCAACUUUCUGUAUAUCGAUUCCUAUUACAUGCUUUUAGAGUGCACCAAUUCAUCAAUGCGUUUAUCUGUUUAAAGUUUUGGAUAUAACGCGAUAAUUUGAGUCCGCAGAAAUAACUAUGUUCACAUUAUUUCACCGUGAUAUGAAGUAAAGUUAAUUAUUUUAUGAUAAACAUAUGUUGUCAUACCUAAUUUAGUGGAUGCUGCUGCUUAAGGACUCGCACACCUAAAUCAUUUUUUAUAUGUUAUACGCCAUCACAUAAUAAAGUCUACUAAACCAAUACAUUUGUCUGAACUUUAAUAUCUGUAGAUCAUAUUCAAUAAAAUUAUGUCAAUAUUUACAUAUUUGAAUUACGCAGAUGCGCUGUAUUGAACCGGAACAAAAUUCAGGUAGGGAUUACAAUCGUAUGAAACACUUGCUGAUUGGCUGAUUUAGUUUGCGAGUCCUUGAAUGCUGUUUGUACUACGAUCGGAACAAUAGAUUACGUCAAUAAUUAAAACAAUCAUUUGAACGAUACUCUAAAAUGAAAACACAAUGUGUCAAUGGGUUUGAAUCGUAUUGCUUUCAUAAAGUUGAACAUGAUGAUGUACUUGUAAAUCAUUUUAUACGGUGAAGUUAAAUGUUGUUGGGAGGAACUCCAAAAGGUUUCUGAUUCCGGAAAUCGGAACCCUGCUGUUUCUACCAUUAGCCUCCUAGACCUCUCUUUAGUCCGUCUGAUUUCUAAGGUCUACGUUAAGUAUUUGAUUAUAACAAUUUUAAAUUAUGUAUAAUGUUUAAGUUUAAUUGCACAUCUUAGCGCAUACACUUAUACAAAAUAUUUCUGUUCGUUUAAAAUUGUAUUUGAUUGUAAUUACAUGUGAUGUGAGCUGGCCUCGUUUCCAUGUUGUCACGUGAUUAUCACGUUGUUACUUUGUUACCUAGAUAUCUGUUCCUAUUUUUAUGCUUUACUCUUUCUAUCAUCAUGACGAUGGUUAUAUAACCUGACACCGCUAAAACAUGUGAUAAAUCCUGGGUUUUUUUCUUCUUUUCUUUUUAAUUGAAGUUUUUAAUUUAAACAUAUCUUAAAACUAUUUCCACAAUUUUUUUCUUUAUUUCCUCAGUGUAAUCCUCAUACUUUCUUGCUAUUGAAAUACAGAGUCGAUCUUUUUUAUAAUCUUAAAAGUUCCAUCUUGGUGGGCUGUACUCUACUCUAGCGCAAUGAAAUGUGUGUUAUACAAUCAGAGUCUUUGAUUAAAGACGAUAUGUACAUUCAUAAUUUAAAAAAAUAGAUUAAUCGAGAAUGCAGUCCGGGAUAAUUAUAAAAUUUCAAUUAAGGAUUAAAAUCCUCUCAUUGAGUAAAGCUUAUAUAACUGUACCCAAUUGUUUUAUUAUUUUUUUUGUGGUUCGAACGUGCAUUUGACUGCAACCAUGCAUAGUCCUGUUUUAACAGCAACAUCAAAUUUAAAUAAAAAA